AUGGAUGACGGAAUUGCUCUGCUAUGUUCGCUCUUCCCAGCUUCGGAAGACAAGCAAAAGCGGGUACUGGAUCUCCUCGCGAAUGGCGCACGGAAUUACUACCAGCAGCCAAAAGCGAAGUGUACCACUUGGUCCUAUUAUACUCCCUUUCCACCCAUCUCUGGUCAGUUAGUGAUCGGCGGACUCGAGAUAUACACCUCCAAAGCCGGACUGGCGGAUCAAGUCAACGACAAAGAAUUUUUCCAAUCAUUUCAUGAGACCGUCAAGCAGGAGGGACUGUAUUCCAAAAACGAGGAGCUUCUAGCUUACUAUUUCGCUGCUGGCUUCAUAGCCCGUAAGGAUCAUGCGAUGCCGUUCGGUGGUGGUACGCUGAUUAGUCAAACACGAUUCAUUUGCAAGGACAAGGCUGCCGUGCUGCACGCUCUCGARGACUUUAUACGAUUCGUGAGAGAUGAGGAACCUUUUGUGCUCACCUAUGCGGCUUUUGAACGGAAGAAGAAUCCGAAGGAAUUGUUGCUGUUUGUAAGGUACCGGGAUACAGAUGGCCUACGGAGGCAUAGCAGAGCACCUGAGCAUACCGACAUCGUCACGAAGCUCUCGGGACUUUUGGAAAACGACAUUACCAAGGAAACGACCAUUUGGAAAGAGGUUGAAGACAGUUUCGUCUCGACCCAGGUAGGGGGUCCUAAAAGUUCGUCAAAGCUUUAG